GUUACUUUAGAACCCUCUCCAAAGUUCUUCACAUCUAGCGAUUCAAAUUCCCGAGAAACCAAAACCCCUUAUGGAAACUGCUAGUGUCGGGCUUAGAUCGAGUGCCCCCGUUUUCAAUGGCUCCCCUCGUCCUCUCUCCACUACCUUCUUGUCUUUUCGGUUCAUUCAAUCGAAAAAGCUUCGCAGAUUUCCACAUGAUUUGUCUUCUACCUCUCGUCCAAGCGCCAAAAGCCAGAAAUCUGAAGGCGGUGAUCGCAAUUUUCGUUCGAAUCUCCGGAAAGCUCAGAGUGUUUCAGCGAGAUUUGUAGAUGGUGGAUGGAGUGGAAAUUACUUACAGAGCGGGAGUUUCGAGAUUGCUUUGAUAAGCAUUACCGCGACGGUGAAGCACCGUAUUAGUCCGUUCGUUGCUACAUUGGCGACGAAUCCGACAUUUGUUUCGGGAUUGUUCGCAUGGUUUUUUUCUCAAUCGACGAAGGUUUUGUUGAACUUUUUCGUGGAAAGGAAAUGGGAUUUGAAGAUAAUGUUUGGUUGUGGUGGAAUGCCUUCUUCUCACUCUGCAUUGUGCACCGCUUUGACGACUUCUGUGGCUCUUUGUCAUGGCGUUGCGGACUCGCUAUUUCCAGUCUGCUUGGGGUUUAGUCUUAUUGUCAUGUAUGAUGCAAUUGGUAUUCGUCGACAUACCGGCAUGCAAGCUGAGGUUCUUAAUCUGAUCGUUGAGGACUUGUUUGAAGGCCAUCCCAUAAGAAAAAGAAAGCUGAAAGAGCUGCUUGGGCAUGAUCGUUGA